GAAAGGAAAUAGAAGAAAAGAAAACACCAGCUCCAUUCCCAAUCGUCUCAUUCUCUCUCCCCCUCAGUCCCAACCCCGUCUAGAUCCAGAUGGGACCUCCACCGCUGCCCCAGGCCGCUUUCCUGUGAUCCCGCCCUCUCCACUGUCCUCAACGGCAGCGUGAUCUCCACAUUUCCCCGCCGGUUUGCCCCACCAUCCGCUGCCGCCGUCCACCUGGAGUGAAGAGCCGCCGCUGCCGCCUGGAGCGGAGCAGCCGCCGGUUCCCCGCUUCAUCCGCCUCCGGCGGGAAGGAAGACCCGACUCCCUGGACUGAAGCCGCCGCACCCCUACCAUCCAACAUACACAGGUACGGAUCGGAUUGCCCACUUCUUCAGUGGCGGAGGGUGAGGCAAAACCGAUGAAGGGGCAAAUUUGUCUAAUACUAAUCAACAAAUAUACAAGUGCUAGAGUAAUUUGUCAUGAGUGAAUGUAAAUCGAGCUUGCUGUUUGAUACUGACGUUACUGAUUACCUUUUGUUUUUGGUGAUUACCGCCUUUUUGCAUUCAGUUCAUUAGGUUAUCUUGCGUACUUAGGAGGGAGAUGCCAUGUUUAGAGUGAUAGAUGGGUUCAAAUUUGACUCGAACAUUUAGUAGUCAGUGAAAUACCUUAAUUUCAUUUAGUUGUCGCUGUUUAGUGGAUUUUAUAUUUUUAUUUCAUAAUGCAUGUUUUGCACUUCUGCGAAUGAGCAGUUAGCUUCUUCUUCUCACCAUAAAGAAGGGAAUGACCUCCGUGGUCCAUUUGGACAGAGUAAGGGGAGAAAAUAGCAUAUGUGAAAGAAAGAGAGUAUUAAAGAAGAGAAAAGAUAAGGACUAUAAAAAAGGUUUCUUUUCUGUUUUUGUGUUGAGCUUGAUAUAAAAUUUAUAUGGAUAUCAUGGAAAGGAUGUUAGAAAACAGCUUUCUCUGUUACAAUAUCUGGUUUACAAAAAAAAAAGUUGCAUAGAGAACUUGACUGUAGCAACCAUGUCACAAAAGUAGAACACAAAAUUUUCCUAGUUGUACUAUUUCUUUCAGAAGGUGUACGCCAGUUUGUUCUAUAUUAAAGAAACAAGAUUAUAUUUUUUUUAUGGAACAAAGGUUCUUCACAAGAUCAACCAAGUUUUUUUUGUUCAUUGUAUUAGAAUGUCUGUAUUUUUAAUCCAUUGAACUGUAUGUAACUAAAUUUUGUGAUUAAGGAUUAUCACUUGCCCCAAAGGCCAUUUCCUUCUGUGGUUAAGGAUUAUUUCAUUUCAACAAAAUAAAUAAACAAUGUGCAGCAUUUACUGUUGUCUUCAUGUUUAGAAUAGCGGUUAUGAGGCACUAAAUGAUAUAAACACACCAUUUUGUAUCAGUACGAUAAAUUAUUUGGUCACAAUGACAUCACGAUGUUUCUACGCACCUGUUUCCAUGCUUGCUUUCAAGACUUGCACAAAUAUUCUGGAAUCAGUACUUUGAAAUGCACAAGGUGCUAGUUGGGUGGUGGGAUAGAGCCUAAGUGGCAGUGUUACCGGGACACAGGUGCGGGUGUUGGUGCCCGACUCAGGUGUGGGUGUCCAAUUUGGCAAACACUAGAAACUUGGAUUUGGGGAUUCAUCUAAUAUAUUAAAUUUAUAAAAGUCAAAAUUACGUAUUAAAUUAUAAACUUGCUGGGGAAACCAUUUGCUAUUGUGUCACAUUCCUCAUUAGUCCAUAUGUGAUCAAUCCACAACAGAUGCACCACAGGUUUAAAAAGAAAAGAAAAAAGAAAAGAAAAGGGAAUAAAGGAAGAGGUGGGCUAUUGCCUAUUGGACUGGCCCAUCCAGCCCACCUACUACCACCUCCCAAGCCCCAACUCCACUCUUCACGUACGCAAGCCCCUACUCCACUCCUCACGUACGCAAGCCCCUACUCCACUCCUCACGUACACAAGUCGCCCCCGCUCUUUCCCCUUCGUUGAUUCUCUUCUUCCACAACGCAAAGCCACCCGACUCACGCACACAGCAGCAGCCACCGCUCGUUCUCUCCUCCAUCAUGGACUCGCCGCUCCCUUUUCCGCUGCCAGCCGCCUCUGUAGGCUCACCCCUCCAUCUCCCCUCCCUAGUUAGCUACAUGGACUCGUCGGAGACGAGUCCGGUGCGUGUCUACACAGCAAAAAAAAUUCAGACUCGCGAGUCCCGGUAACACUGCUAAAUGGUGACGAUGAUUAGGCGGCUAAAUGGCCACUUAGACGGUCUAGGCGGCAAUUAGGCACUAGGUGGGAGGGUGCCGUCCAGCUCCUAGGUGCCGCCAGCUGUUUUGAAUCAAUAUCUAGAAGUCAUCUGAUUUGGCACCAAAGCAAUGUGGUGUCUCAUAUUAAACAACUUGCACUAUGAUUAUAUAAUAUGACUACAUCAUUUUGUAUAGUCUGAUUCUAAAUUUGUGUUUUAUGUUCAGACUUUAAAGUGCUUGGAGUGUCAUUCUGCUUCUUAUCUUCUUGAUAGACAAUGCUUUUUUGUGAGUUGUGUAAAAUUAUUGGAGAUCUUUGUCCCAGUUCGUGGAUGAAAAAAAUCAGAGUACAUUUAUUAUAGACAUUUUCUGGUUUGUGUCAAUAUUAUUAGCAUGAUCUGUCUUUUUCAGCAUAGGGUUUCCUGUUGUAUUACUUAUUAGGUAGCAUAUACACCUGCAAAAUUGUUUGCGGAUCAAAUGUAACUGUGCUCUAUUGGGGUAUUUGAUGUUAUGUCUUGCGGGCAUUGGUUUCUCGCUAACCAGAAUGGUUAAACAAAAACUUCUUGCCACCAUGUAAUUUGACAUGAUGGAAAAAUGUAGCGAUGCUCCUGAAUUACACAGACAAUUCUGUUUUGUCAUGUAACUUUGUUUAGUUCCUUUGUAAGCUGGCUGGCAAUCUAUUACUUUUUGCUAUACUACAAAUUCUUUUAUGAAAAAUCAUGGAAACUGGGAACCUGUGUAAACUUUAUAGUUUAUACUCCAUACUAUAGUAGACACAACUAGUUACAAUGACCUGCCAAAUUACUUUUCUACUGUCAAAUUACUUAUCUAAGGAAAAAGGAAAAUGGGGAUUGACAUUCACAUAUUAACAUUCAAUGGUCUGCCUUGUUUUUCUGCACUUUAAUCUCUGUGAGUUCCUAGAAUUUACCCAACACUAGAGGGACAUUUUGUUGCUUGCUUUCUGGUUCAUGGAUCUAUUGCUCCAUAGUGUGUACACUUUAUUUCUUCUCAGGUAGACAUGCAGUCUUAUGCUUAUUAAUUUUAUUUAAUCUAUGUUUUGCAUAUACUGUUCAGGUAUAACAGACUUUGACAUUAUUGGUUAUGGAUUUAUUGCAGACAGGAUAUAUUACAUUUUUCUGCUUGGACAUUGCUUCCUUUUAAUCUGUAAAUAUAUCUCUUGUUCUUCAAUUAUGACAACUAUGGUUGAAGGAUGUGUUGGUCCAAGUGAGCUUCACCUGAAGAAGGAACUUACUGCCUUGAGAAAGGCACGGUUUUUGCGUGAUCCUGAAACAUGCUCAUCCUGGAGGUCCCCUUUAAGUUCUAAAUCAUUCUUGGCAACUGAUGUUAUACAUCAUAAUGGGAUUGGCAGUAAUUUAUCACAACAGCACACAGAGCCAGCUGCUGGGCCUCCCAAAAGUGAAAAGAAAAUGAAAAAUGUUUAUCUUUACAAUUGGAGGCAUAAUUCUAACAAAUCCAGUGAAAGUGGGAUAAAGUUAGAUGCGGAUGAUAGACAAGCUUCAGCAGACUGUAGCCUGGAAAGCCCAUGCAUUUCUAAUGGUAUGGACUCUAGGAGUGACACAUGUCUGGAAGUUCCUGUCAGCAUAUACAGUGUUCAAGGCUCGAAUUCGUGCACUCCUGUUAAAAGAACUAUUAGAAAAGUGAGGAGGAGUUCAUUCUCAAAGAAAGGAGCAACGAGAAAUUCAACCGUUUCAAAGUUGCUAGAUCUCCACGUGAACUCUGGUGAGCACUCUGAGGAUACUGAGAACUACAACUCAGAGAAUCACGAGCAGCUUCAGAAGGGAGGCUAUUUUUCUCACUCUACAUCACCACUAUUUGCUGCGACUGGAUGUCUUAGCUCAUCGAAUCUCUCUAAGCCGUUGAAAGUGUCAAGAAGAGAAGGAUCUUCCUUUUCUUGCACUCCGGUCUCCACUAGCUCCUAUUACAGGUACAAAGGCAGGAAUGCUAGCAUUGUAGGCUCAUGGGAUGGAACAACUGCUGCUUCACUGGACGACGAUGGGCUCAACCAACCAGAACUGUUUAGAAGUCAAAGGUGUGGCAUUCCUUGCUAUUGGUCAAAGAGGAGUAAACACAAGGGAUCUGAAAGGAGUUGUUCUCCUUCGCUUUCUGAUACACUUAGAAGAAAAGGCAGCAGCCUUUUAUGUGGGAGUCAGACAACGCAUAGGAGGAAGAAAUCAUCUGGCUCCAAUAAAUAUGGAUAUCUAAACAAAUCUUCCCAAGGUGUGCCACUGUUGGGUGAUAGUAGUCAUUUUGCUUAUUCAUCAGUUGAUUCAGCAAGUGAUGAAGUUUCAACCAUCUUUGGAGAACUAGAUCUGGAAGCUUUGAGCCGUUUGGAUGGCAGAAGGUGGUCAAGCUGUAAAAGCCAGGAUGGGAUUGCAUUGUCUGUGAGUGGAGCUGAUCAUGUAGUUUCAGACCACAGAAGCUUGAGCCAGAAAUAUCGACCAAGGUCAUUUCACGAAAUUGUUGGUCAAAACUUUGCAGUACAAUCUCUUAGUAAUGCCAUCAUACGGGAACGAAUAGCCCCAGCUUAUCUGUUCCAUGGGCCUCGUGGAACAGGAAAAACAUCCGCUGCAAGAAUAUUUUCAGCAGCUUUAAGUUGUGCUGCUAUCGGAGAGACCAAGCCCUGUGGAAUUUGUACAGAGUGUAGUGACUUCUUCACUGGAAAUGGAAUUAAUCUAAUCGAGGUUGAUGCUACCAACAAGAAAGGUAUAAACAGAAUUAGGCACUUGAUUGAAAAUAUACCAGCAUCCGCAACUUCAUCACGAUACAAAGUAUUUGUUGUUGAUGAAUGUCAUAUGGUAUCUUCUAAAGUCUGGUCAGCAUUUAUGAAGUUUCUUGAUGAACCAUUACCUCGUGUUGUCUUCAUAUUUAUAACAAUAGACCCUGAAAACCUCCCUCGUUCUGUCAUAUCACGUUGUCAGAAAUACAUGUUCACCAAGAUCAAAGACAUUGAUAUAGUAUGCAGGCUGAGGAAAAUUGCUGUGAAGGAAAACCUUGAUGUUGAAUUGGCGGCUUUAGAUUUAAUAGCGCUAAAUUCAGACGGAUCGUUGAGAGAUGCAGAGACAAUGUUAGAUCAGUUGUGUUUACUAGGGAAGAAGAUAACACCAUCACUUGUAAAUGAUCUGGUUGGGGUUGUGUCCGAAGAGAAACUCCUUGACCUUUUGGAGAUAGCCAUGUCAUCAGACACUGCCGAAACAGUCAAAAGGUCAAGAGAGCUGAUGGAUUCUGGUGUUGAUCCAAUGGCAUUAAUGUCUCAAUUAGCUGGGCUCAUAAUGGACAUCAUUGCUGGGACCUAUAGAUUAGCGGACCCUACUUGCGGUGGAGAUGGAAUUGGUGGUCGAAAUAUAACUGAUGCUGAGUUGGAAAGAUUACAACAGGCGUUGAUGAUUCUUUCUGAUGCUGAAAAACAGAUAAGACGUUCAAGUGAGCGUUCGACAUGGUUCACUGCAGCUUUACUCCAGCUUGGUUCUGGUCAUAAUUCAGACAUAACCCAAUCAAGAAGCAGCAGUAAGCAAAGCGCUAAAGCAACCAGUGAAACCGUGAUGGAAGCAGUAAGACAAUCCUCCGCUAGCAGGACUACAUCUCAUCCUUUAUUUACUUUUCGUGAUUCAAAAAAAACAUUGGAUCUCAAAACAACCAGUGGGCACUCCAGUCCUCAGGGCCUUGCUUCAUUAUCUUCUAGGAUGAGAUCAAAUGACAUCGUGAUUUGUGGAGAGUGUAGGUCUGUCGAUAGAGCAUUACUGGAUUCUGUAGGUAUUUCUCCUGAGCAAAGGCCUAUCUCAGAUAACCUUACCCGAAUUUGGAGGAAAUGCAUAGAAAACUGCCACUCUAAGACAUUGCGGCAGCUGCUCUAUGAUCAUGGGAAACUAGCAUCUGUCAAAGAAUGUGAAGGCACCAUUGUUGCUUUCAUAGCAUUUGAGGACAACAAUAUAAAGUUUCGAGCCCAAAGAUUUGUUAGCAGCAUGAGGAAUUCAAUGGAAACUGUACUGAAAUGCAAUGUGGAAGUCAGGAUUGGUUUAAUGCAAGAAUUCACCGGAGGACUAAAGCAUGAGGCGUACCCAGAUGAAACAGUUGAGUCUGAUAUCUUGAGUUCCUCAACAAACAGUCAACGACUAAAGGGAGUUCUGAACCCAUCAAGAAGUUUAGAUUAUUCUGAAGAGAUUGAUAAAAAAAUGGAACAACAUAGCAGUACGUCAGGUGCCAAUGGUGGACUGCAGUCAAGCAAUGUUCCCAUGAUCUCUGAUGGAAAUUCAAAAAUACAUAGAACAAGAGAGCAAGUCUCUGUUGAACAGUCAAAAACAGCAGCUCUUGGUGAGCGAAGGUUAGAGAGUGCAUGGCUCCAGGCUGUUGAAAAACACACACCUGGUAUGUUAAAUCAAGCAAGACCUGAGAGAAAUCAAGUCCUUCCGCAAGCUGAUGGUCGGCAUCAUGGGAGGUCCUCAAUGGCCACCAUUGUUCCCUCAAGGCAUGUCGACAAGGAUCUGACUAAUGAACUGAAAGCUUUAAAGAUCAGUGACAGUCAUGGUCCCCAGAAAGGCCAGAAUGUACAAAUGGAGAACGGUUAUGCUAUUUCACCAAGCCUCUUGCACAGAAACAGCCAUUUGGCAAAUUGUGACAAUGAGAGUGUGGUUUCUGAGUCCGGAGCACCAGGUUGUCAUGGGCUCUUCCCCUGCUGGAAAACUGAAAAAUCGAGAAGAAGAAAGGGAAAAGGACAGACACGGUUGAAGUCAUCUUAAGAUGGCAAUUGAUGUUAAUAAAGUGAGUAUUGUGGCCCUGGGCUGCUGAAAACGGUUGAAAAAAUGCUGUCCCUCACAUACCUGCCCUGUUUAAUUCUUUCCAGAGGAUUUAUGAUGAUCAAAUCAUUAUAUUUUCUUUGCAUUUGUGCUUCUGCUCUGGGAAUUCGGCAUUUUCAACGCAUGAACUCAGUAGAGCGUGAUCAAGUUGGAUAUUCAGCGGAAAUUCGAUGGACAUGCGGAUUCUAACAAAUGAAUCUGAUCCAUUUAUGCUUCUUGUACAGACAUUUGGAUGUGUAAGUCCAUUUAUGCUUCUUGUACAAACAUGUAUUAGUGAGUUGAUCAGACGCACUCAUUAUUUUUUUGCACUACUAUUUUUGGUACUGUUGUCAUUUGACAGCAUUUGAGUUUACCGUUCAUUUGUUAUUCUACCAACUAUUUUUGUUAGAAGAAUGGAAGUGUCGUUAACUUGUGAA